AACAAUAUGCUCUGCUUGACACUUCUGCUACAAUACUUGAUACAAUGCAACCUGAAAUUUGAUUGGCUUACGGCAAAGUAUCAUCGCAAAAGUUUGAAAGAACACGGCACGUGGUUGGUCCAUCAUGUGAGAGCGAGUUUCAAGUGUAAGACUCUCGACUCUCGAGUACGUCUUGAUCUUGUCAUCUCUUCAUCGUUGGUUUUUGGCAGAAUUCCAGUUCAAACAGCCAGUACACUUGUUAGAAGACCGGUAAACAAAAUGGCGGCAACUGGAGGGUUGACAGAGGAACAGAAACGAAGGAUAGAUGAGAACAAAAGGAAAGCGUUGGAAAAACGGGCUCAAAGGGCAAAUCAACAAGGAACGGCUUUCUCACCCAAACCAGCAACAGCGAGCAACAAGUUGUGGCGACCAUCAUGCGUAACAUCAAAACCAGGCAACUUUGGACAAUCAUCAACAAGUGCAACAGCAAAUAGUGCUUGCAUCCAAUCUGGUGCAAUGAGUAUUCCAAAGAGCCCACCAGCAUAUCAACAGAAACAACCCCUACAACCCUACCAGGUGCAACAACCAGUGGCUGCCACAGGGGCAACUCAAAAGACAAUAACUCAGUUUUACAGCAAUAGCAGUAACAGUAGCAGACCAGGCGGUGUCUCCAAACAGUCACCACAAAGACAAAACAAUAACAUUCUGUGGAGCAAGGGUGGUGGUAGUGGUGCGAGUAGAGGUGGUGGUCGUGGUAGUGGUAGUACUCAGAGCUGGGGAUCAAACAAUGUGUUGAAACCAGGAGGUUCUUUAUCGAAUGGCGUAAGUAUCACAGGACACUGUAUCUUGGUUUCCAGAUCUCGAUUUGUGGCGGACGUGGGAUAUCAUGCCAAGCUGAUUGAGAUCUUCAAAUCUAUACCAAGUAAAAGUUAUGAUGUCAAUACAAAGAAGUGGUCCUUUUCAUUAAGCCACUACGAUGAACUCGUGAAGGCAGUUCAAGUAUUGAAGAGUGAAGUUGUACUGAAACCGCUACCCAACUCAGUAUGCUUGGCGUUCCGUAGCCAGCGGAGUGGAAAGCACACUACCCUAGAGGUACCUGAAGCUGACCUGAGCGGGGUCGAUACCAAGCUUGCACAAGGUCUAAUGCCGUUCCAGAAGAAAGGGGUUGACUUUGCAAUCCAUCGAGGCGGGAGAGCCCUGAUAGCAGAUGACAUGGGAUUGGGAAAGACAAUACAAGCCAUCUGUGUAGCAUGCUAUUACAGAACAGAAUGGCCCAUCCUGGUUGUUAGUCCUUCAUCAAUGCGCUUCUCAUGGGCAGAGUCAUUCUUGAAGUGGAUUCCAUCCCUGGAGGAGUAUGAGGUCAACGUGGUGACCUCCGGAAGGGAAAGUGUUUCCUGUGGGCUGGUCAACGUCAUCAGCUAUGACCUCAUGGCCAGGAAAACCAAAGCUUUGCAGGCUUCAGGUUUCAAGGUCAUCAUUAUGGAUGAGUCUCAUUUUCUGAAGAGCUACAAGACAGCAAGAACCAAGGCAGCACUACCUUUGUUAAAGGCAGCCUCCAGAGUGAUUCUUCUCUCUGGUACACCAGCCCUCUCAAGACCUUCAGAACUCUUCCAGCAGAUCAGCGUCGUCAACCCAAGACUCUUCCCGUCGUUCCAUGAUUUCUCUCUUCGAUACUGCGACGCCAAACAGACUCAAUUUGGAUGGGACUACUCUGGCUCAUCAAACCUGAAUGAGCUUCAUCUACUCCUAGAAGAGAAAGUGAUGAUCAGGAGACUCAAGAAAGAUGUCCUUGGACAAUUACCAUCCAAAGUUAGACAAGUGGUUAUAAUGGAUCCGAGCUCUGUAAAGACAGGUAACCAGUCACUCAAAUGUGCGGCAAAGGAUAUGGAGAAGAAGAAAUCUGAUACACAGGGAACAUUACUCAAGUAUUUCAGUGAAACAGGACUGGCCAAGAUACCUGCAUUGAAGGAGUAUGUGAUUGACUUGGCAGAGUGCGGACAUAAGUUCCUUGUCUUUGCUCAUCAUCAGAAGGUCAUGGAUGCGCUGGCUGAAGCACUUCUCAAAAAGAAAAUCAAGAUCAUCCGGAUAGAUGGCAACACUUCAUCUUACAUGCGUAAUGAGCUGGUAGAGAAGUUCCAGACCAAUGAUUCCUACCAGGUAGCAGUCCUCUCCAUCACGGCUUGUAACGCAGGGAUCACCCUCACUGCAGCAUCCACUGUUCUCUUCGCGGAACUCUUCUGGAAUCCCGGAAUCUUGGUUCAGGCCGAAGACCGAGUCCAUCGUAUCGGUCAGCAAGAAUCAGUGACCGUUCGUUACCUCAUUGCCAAGCAGACUGCAGAUGACUACAUAUGGCCUCUGAUUCAGAAGAAACUGUCCAUCCUGAGCAAAGCUGGUCUGUCCAAAGAUGACUUUGGGGAGGCCGAUACCACAGAAUUAAAGGAUCCUAAGCAGAAGAGCAUCCUGUCAUUCUUUGAGCAAUCUUUCUUUGAAGAAGAUGACCAGUUCUCCCAGGAGGACAUGGACAUGCUGGAGGCAGCCGAGGCCGCAACAGGUGGCAGCAACACAGACAGCAACAACUCCGAGCAACACAGCUGCAACACGCAGGAGCUCAUGAGCCAAGAUGCAUGCGGUCUAUCGAAGACCAACACGGGACUGUUCAGCUCAUUUUACUUUGAGAAGAGCCCAAUGGCUACACCUAAGAUUAAGAAACCCAGGAUGAACUAAAGUGAAUUUCAAGGGGGGUGUUUCACAAAGAUCCUAAGUUGGACUUAACAAUUAUGGAAAGCCUUUAGCAUCUAAGAAAAUAUUUGUAAACGUUAUUUU